GAACUGAAGAAGCCCAACAGCAAAAUGGCGUCCUUCGCGUCCCCUUUUCGCUCAACAUACCGCUAUCUCCAACGACAAGCACACGAAAACCCUGUCAUCUUCUACUCGUGCAUAAUCGGAGCCAUUGGUCCUGUCAUGGUUGUCGCAAUUCCACCCAUACGGGAACGUUUUGGAUACCAACCUGCGGAGAUGGUACCUACGACUUACCCUCUCCCCAACCGGCCAAGGAGAGCAGUAGCUGGUUACGAAGACCAGUAACUUGAAAGAACCCCAACUUGUUUUUUUCAUAGAUCGAACCCUACUUCAGGCCGACUGCACACCAUGCUUGUACUUCAAUUCGCGGAACAUUUUUGUUCACCGAUGAUGUGCGCGUUUCUAUAGAAUGAUUUCCUGAGAGACGAAAUACGCAAGUUCCAUAGAUGCGAUCAUUGUAUCCGUCAUGUUUUACUUUCCUCCAUCGACCCAUCUUGACCAA